AUGAAUGACCCUGCGAGUGGGCUUCCGGCGCAGCUGCUGCCCCACAUGCACCUGGUGUCGCGACAGCGCUAUCCGGUGAUGAAUGGGCUGCCCACGGAAACAGUGCUCGACUACCUUCUAGCCGCUCCCAAGGUCGUGCGAGAGCUGCAACCGAUGCAUUGGACCUUUCUAGAUGGGCCGCCUGACGGGACUACCUUACUAACAUGGCAGCCGCUGAACCAUCUCGGGACGAACUUUGCCAGCGAUGGAUAUGUCUGGGCAGAUGCUGAACAGGCCUUCACAUUCGAGUCCAGAGGCUAUACGGUUGAAAUGUGGGUGCAGCGAAGCGGUUAUCAUCCUCCAAACGAGACGAUCGCGACCCAUGCCCGCCGCCGCUAUCGCCUGCUUCCCCCCAAAGUUCCAAAUCCAAACCUGGCUCCCCCGGAUCCAUCCCUGUGGAUCGUCCAUUAUUCGCGAGCUCCCCAGAGUGAUCAUAUACCAGCCAACCGGAUUCCGAUUACGCCCCCAGUUCAGGCCAUGCUAGCUCAACGGCGGUUCUUGCAAAGUCAAGGCCAGUUAGUUCGAAAGGACUUCAUGUUGCAUGACCGCAACAACUGGCCCACGAUCAGUUUCCCGCCUCAGAUGGGGCCGCAGGGUUUUGCGCAGCCGCCCAACGUCUAUGCGAAUGCGAUGCCGGGCCGUCAACCGCAGGGGAUUUACUAUGCGGCACAUCAGGGCGCCGGAGUACCUGGGGCCAUGGGACCAACACCAACCAAAGCGCCCCGAGGCCAUCGCAGCACGGCUAGUGCAAUGGCAGCAGCUGCGGCGGACUUUUCCUUGGAAGAUGAGGAAACCUCUGGCGACAUGUUGGAUUUUCUCACCCCUCGAGAAAUCAGCAAAAUGCGAUACCAGCAGCACCACGAGUGGAUGGAGGAAAUAUUUGCGUCGCCGUAUACCAUUAAGCAGAUUACACCUGUCGACCUUGGUCUGGGUCGCAAAGGCGAGCUUGAGUCCUUGACCGCGGGUUUCUUUGAAGCGCCUGUUGGUCCUUCUCCAUCGAAAGACCAGAAGGACCCUGGGGUUGCCAUGCAAGCAGGAAAGAUGGAGCCUGACAAAGCGGAAGAGUUUGCGGAUCGGGUAGCCAAGAAGGUGGCCGACAUGACGGCAGAGAUCGAGAAACUGAAAAAACGACACGCUCGGAGGAUGGAGAAGAUCGGGCGGUUGUCUGUUCUAAAGGAAGCCGAGUCGAAACUGCGCGAUGCGGCGGCUAAUCCUGCGGAGACGGGCUCUGAAGUCUGGAGACUGGAAGGCCGCAUUGAACUUCCCAGCGAGGAAGAGACGCCAGCUGCCGACUAUACGGCGCAGGCACCCAAAUUCAAAGUGGAUGACGUCGUCAAGGAGGUGGAGCACGCGUAUGGAAGGUCGAUUGUACCCGAGCCGAACAUCUCCUGUGUUGAGAAGGGUGGGUUGCUGGAGCGGAUCGAGCCUGAACCCGCGCCUCCAGCCGAAAGCAAUGGCGUUGGUGCAGAGGGCGACAUUGUCAUGGACCACACGAACAGCCAUCUCCUGGAUCAGUUUGGCACUCCGCCGGCGUCACAUCCUUCACAGGAAGCCUCCGGGCCGGGACCAACCGGCGGGGCUGAUGCGGCGAGAACGGGUAUCCCCCAACAAGGUGGUCCCUCUGGUGACGUCGAGAUGGGAGGCACAGCAUCCAACGAACCUACGCAGACGAACACGGCGGAGGGAGAGACUGGUGACUGGGUCAUAGUUGGCAACGAGGGCAAUGCGACGAAAGCAGCCGGCACUGGACCCAACACGGCGGGCGGUACACCGGGCAGCGGCCUCAACACGGGUCUCGAGACGAGCAACUUUGAUGACGCGACCAACUUUACGAACAUGGACUCGGCAGGCGACGCGCUUGCUGCGUAUGGAGAGCAGCACGAUUUGGACUUACCUGAUCUCGAGAACUCUGCGUUCGGGGAUGCCUUCCACGCGUCGGACAACGAGGCGGUCCAUCACCCGGAAGAAGAUGAGAUGUCAUAG